GUCCCCAUCGACUCUCUCGGGAUGGGCGAUGGCGGGUACGGGGCUGCUAGCGGUGGGGCAUGUUCGUCAGUCAAAGACCUGGUCAAAUUAUACAGCAGCUUUAUCAAAAGUAUCAAUUCCCAGUUCAGUGGGAGUGCUAUCCCCAACGAUGUCUCGCCCUCCAGUCUCGUCCUGUUCCAUCCGGGAAGCCUUCCUGGCUCACUCAUCUUUGUUGCCCUUUUGCCCGAGACGGAGACUGUGAUCCUCAUCCUUACCAACUCACUCGCUCUUAAUGAUACAGCGGACUGGAUCGGUCAGAUGAUCAUUGAGGAGAUUGUCAACGUACCUUCAGAGCUCAAACCCGGCUUUGUUGGGAUGGCAGAGGCGACUGUUGCUGAGAAUCUCAAAUGGUACCCCCUUGUGGUCGAUGAACUGGUAAGAAGAGGUCGACGGGUUGGGCGCGACCAAGGCGCAACAUUCUGGAAGGUCAAAUUCGAGGCCAGUGAAUCUGCCUCGAUCAAUAAGCUGAUCUGGGCUCCUGGCAGUGAGCUUCCACCAAUAAUUUACACAAAGUCAUGAGAAUGAUUAGUUUUCAAUGAUAAUGCCCC